AUGACACUCUCUGAUAUUAUCAUCAUCUACAUCUUCUACUGUCAUCCUCGACUGGUUAAAAAAGUGACUUCCACCACCUUAGAAGAGCUGGUUGUUUGGAGAAAGACGCCAGAAGGGCCGUCUGCUGAACGGGGCUGCAAGCGAAGCCCGUUAUCUACCUCUUCCUUCGUUCAACCAUUUCCAGGCUCGCCUUUUAGGGGUGCAGCUCAAGUCGCGAACUACCCGACUCUCACCACCGUGGAUAACAAUAAUUCACGCAGCAAUCCCCCCCCUCCUCCCAACCCUUUACCGUCGGGACCUUCUUCCCCCAGCCCUCCUUCACCUCUCCCGCCUUCAUUCUCGUCUCUAUAUUCGAGCGCGGACCACGAAGACGCCGACCAAUUCAACACCUCAGUAACCGAAUCAGGGGCUUCUUCACUUCCCACUUUUGCUCCAGCGCCUCCGUUCGAGGAAGCCUCACCGUCUUCGUCGCCUGUCACUCCUCGUGUAGUAACUGAGACCAAGGCCGAGCUUUCCAGAGACAAAGGCAAGUCGUCUGGCAAGGGUCAGGACGACGGCGAGCCUCCACCUCCUUACACCGAGGGGUCCAUCCCGCUCCAGUCCUUUACAUACGUCAUGGCUGCCGCAGGGGGGGCUUCAAGCAUCAUCACACAGGUCCAGCAGACUGGCGGACCACCGCUUAAUUCACUUGGAGAUAUCGGUGGAGAUGAGCAUAUAACGCUAGACUUGCGUGGCAUGAGAUUUACUCUCUCCCGUGAUGAGCUGCUUACUCUUCCCGAAUUCGUUCUUCUGUCCCUGUUCCCCAACGGACUGCUUCCCGAUGGACAUAUGGGUGCAUUCCACGAGGGAGACGUAUACCCGGUUGACCAUGAUCCCCUUUCUCUCCAAUACAUGCUAGACUUCUUCCGCGCAGUUGCCCAGUCAAUCCCGUCAUCUUCACCUUCCCCAACUACAUCUCCAACCGUUGAAGCGGCUGAUCCUAUCCCAAACCCUGCCCGGGACAUGCUGCAAGACCGCGCUGGAAUCAUUGUCCUUCGAGAAGACCUCGAUUUCUACACCAUUCCUCCAACCGCGGAGAUUGAACAUCCAGAAAUGAUGGAGAUCAAACGAGCUGCCGGACGUGCCUUGCUGAAACAGGAUGGUAUCUUCUCCGGACUAAGGAAAAGUGACGAGCCAGGAUCAACCGAACAGCAUCUUAUCGAAAUGUUAACUGCUGGCGGAUUCAACUAUGAUGAUAAAUGGGGCCAUCGUGCAGGCGAACCAAACAAGGCUGUUAUAUGUAGCCUGGCGCUGGCCAAACUACGAACCGACAUCAGAGGUGACUUGGCCAACAGCAAUGUCGUCGGUAUGGCACAGAAGCUACUCUUGUUCUGGAGAAAACCGGCUCGACGCUGCUGGUGGGAAGGAGUCGAGCUUGAAAACGUAGAAGGGGUAGAGGGCAAGCUGAAGGUUUGGAUCCGGAGGGUGUGGACCUUAGAAAUGAGCGUUAUCGGCUUGCGUUGA